UAACGUUGCAUGUUUCGAUUUUUUAUUUAUUGCAUUCUAAGAUACAUUUACCUUUUAAUGCCAGUGAACUUGUUAGCUGUAAGUAAUGCAGAGUUAAUUAUACAUUAUCCUGAUAAUAUGACUUUUUCUUUUAUGUUCUGCUUGAGAAAAUUACAUUUAUCGACGUCUUACUUCAUUUUGGCAAGAAACAACAUACUCAUGCAAUUACAUUAAAAAGUUAAUCAAAAAUGUACUAAAAAGAAGUAAUUAUCUAUUGAGCUUUUUUUUAUUUGGCACGAAUAGGAACAUAUGCCAUAUUUUUCAUUACUGGAAGCUUGUAGGUUGGCUAAUGUAGUAGAAAUUAUAUUGCCGUCAAUGUUAAACAUGUCCAGUAAUAGGUCGAGAAAACAACCCACAUACACUGUGAAAAAUACUAGACGAUAUAAAACAAUGACGAAUAGGCCUCCAAACAAAGUGAAAAUAUUUUCUGCAAGGUCGCAUGAGGCCCAGUCUAACAUUCUGAAGAAAACUGUGUCGCUUCUUACGAUGGAAAAAGAUUUGAAUCUUGACGAAUACACUGAUGCUCGCAUGUUGUUUAAUGCUAUACGUAAAGGACAGAUUCGAUUGGUAAAAUUCAUCCUGGUCGCGGCACCAAAAGAAGUAGUCAAUGCUUUGGAUCUGAAGGGCAAGACGCCAUUGAUGAUUUCAUGUUUUUUGAAGGAAGAGAUGUCUCGUGACGUGAUAGUUGAGCUGCUACUCCAACAUGGCGCCGAGGUGAAUACUGUUUCAGAAUCGGGAAGAACUGCUUUAAGCUAUGCUUGUGAGUACCGCUGCAAUGACAUCGUGGAUAUCCUCGUGAAACACGCCUCGGUCGACCCAGAUAUUCCCGAUAAUGAAGGAAAUACCCCGCUGAUUUACUGUGCCAAAGUAGGAAAUGACGUGGGGAUUGAUAUACUAACACGUCACUUCCGGCGUCUCGGUUUAGAGGUAGACCAUUGCAAUAAAAUGGGUUUCACUGCGAUUCUGAUGGCGGCAAAAGAAUGCAACAUAGCUUGUGUGAAAAUCCUUGCUAACGAAGGACAUGCAUCUCUCCUCCAUCGCGAUAAAACAAAGAAUUUCUCUGUUAAUGAUUGGCUUGCUUAUCAUGGAUACACAAAAUCUGAAAUAAUGCAGAUUUUGCCUUCUGUAAGAAAAGCCAGACGAAAGUUUAUAGAUGCAAUCAACAUUGCGCGGAUGCUGCCCAGUAUCAAAUGGAACAAAGAGAAGAAAACCUUGUUGGAUCGAACACCCUCCAUGGUGUCCACCAUUACAGUGCCGCUUACAGUCACCGAUUUUGAUAUUCCGCCGAGAAAAAAGAAACCGGUGACACGGCAUAGAUCACUGGAUGGAACCACUCGAGAGCGGACCCUUAUCAGAAGACUGCACUCUUUGCAGCUACCUAAAAUUUACCGAGGAAUGUAUGACUCGCCGUAUUACGACAGCGAGGAAGAUGACGGUAAAAGACGUCAUUAUCGGCCUCACUUUGAGAAAUGCCGCCAGCGGACCUUCGAGGAAUAUUUAUCGUUAAAUUCGUCUUCCGAAGAAGAUUGAUCGAUGGAGACUUAGUCUAGUAGUCUGUAAACCCCAUCGAAAUAGCACAACAGAAACAUCAUGGUGUUGUCCAUUCAAGUAUUUUAGGUGCACUUACUAUAAUGAAAUCAAACGAACAAGCGCAACUCCACAAAAUAUUCAUG